AUGAGUUAUGAAACCGGUAAUGGAAUUCACGCUCAAGAAUCAGGCUAUAUUAAGAACAAAGGUGAUAAAAAACAUGAAACUCUAGUUCAGCAGGGUUCGAUAACAUACCACGAUGAACACGGCCAUCCUAUUACCCUUAGCUAUGUCGCUGACGAGAAUGGUUUCCAACCCCAAGGAGCACAUUUACCCACUCCACCUUCUAUUCCAGAAGAAAUACAGAAAAUAAUUAACACUCAUAACCAAGACAACGAACAACAAAUUGAGUACGAACAACAAGUUGAUUAUGAGCAGCAAGCUGACUAUGAGCAUGCUCAAAAUUAUGCACAACCUCAGUAUUAGGUAAAUCAAUCAUCAGACUGAAUAAAAUUGAUUGUUUUAUG